AUGCAAUUGGGAGACCUGGGGGCUCCUGCAACUAAAGGAGACAUCCUGGGCCUACUGAAACACCUGCGCACAUGGUUCCGCACGCAUAUAGCGUUGCUCUGCGAGGAGGUUACCGCCAUAACGGACAGGGUGAAGGCCAAAGAGGAGGACAUCUCCUCCAUAGCACAAAGCUUGUCAGACGCAAUGGAGCGAAUGAAGCAACUCCAAGGCUCACACCAGGCCCUAAAGACUAGAGUGGAUGCAAUGGAAGAUGCCAGGAGAUGCACUAACAUAAAAGUCAGAGGCAUAGCUAAAUCCAUCAAUGACACGGAGCUACCCCACUUUAUCCGGCGCCUCAUGUCGGAGAUCCUGCACCCCAAGCAGGUGAAGAUCCUGCAACUGGAGGGCACCGGCGGCCGCUCUCCACGACGUCCUCCUUCCAUUCCAGUUCCUCCGCGACAAACAAGCAGUGAUGGAUGCCAUCAAGAACAAGUACCCGUUCCAGUUUGA